AUCGGGUCAUGGAGCUCGGUCUGGCGUAGUCUCGAUGUUUCGGGUGUUACAAUGGCAACGCGGGCUCCAUACGCGCCGCUCUCGACCGAGGCAGUAGCUGGGUAAAUUUUUGACCUUUGACCUCAACUCCCUAACCCCAGUCCGGUCCGAAAAUUGAUUCUCUAAUCUACCCGCGUCUUCCACUCCUCUUUGUUUUGGCCGCCUCCUCCCUUACCUCUUUACUGCGGGUCGUCCCUCCUUCAUCAAUGGCGGAAGCUACGGCAGAAAAAUCCUCUUCUCUUGCCGAGCAAUAUUUUGUGAAAGAAAAAGAGGAGAAAACAGAGACAAGCACAAAACCCUUGGAAGUCAAAGAAGUUGAAGUCCCCAAGGAGAUGGCUUCUCAAGAAGCUGUUGCUGAGAAGACUGUGGAAGCAGCCACUGCAGCUGCCUCUUUAGUUAAUGAGGAAAGCAUUGAACUUGCUCCAGCUGCUGAAGAAAGCGCUGAGCUGGACUCUGAUUCUUCUGAAGGAAGCAUCAAUGCAACUACAGAGCAAAGCAGUGAAAAGACAGAUGAACCAGAAGCAGCAGAAGAAACCCCAGAAAUUAAGCUUGAGACUGCUCCAGCUGAUUUCCGCUUCCCAACUACAAAUCAAACAAGGCAUUGCUUUACUCGAUAUGUUGAGUAUCACCGAUGCAUAGCUGCAAAAGGGGAAGGUGCCCCAGAAUGUGACAAGUUUGCAAAAUAUUACCGGUCUCUUUGCCCUGGGGAAUGGAUUGACAGAUGGAAUGAGCAAAGGGAGAACGGAACAUUCCCUGGUCCUCUGUAGGAUGUUUCUUCCCUGAAAUUAUCUACACAAGUUACCUGCUAGUGCUACUGUCACAUUCAAAUUGCUGUUCGGCUCCACAUAAAAAAUUCUGCUGAGAUAUAAAAACUCUCGACCCCACGGGGCAUGCUGAAUGUUAUACACUCGAUCAAUAAGAAAUUUUGACUAUAUAUUUGAAGUACCUUGAGUUCGAAUACGGAUGCUUUCAUUGCUUAUAAAGGAUCGAUUUCCUGUUUUGAAUAA